AUGUCCUUCAAAACUACCGCCACAAUCUCCUCAUUUGGAGGUAAACUCCUCAAGUUAACCCACGAAGCAAAAUCCACCUCCUGCACCAUGGCUCUAAACCUCUAUCUCCCCCCAACCACCCAAAAGAAGAUCCCCGUCCUCUUCUAUCUCGCAGGCCUAACAUGCACCGGUGACAACGGCGCCGAAAAGGGAUUCUUCCAAUCCGCAGCUUCACAGAAGGGGAUAGCUAUCGUAUUUCCUGAUACCUCACCACGCGGCCUAAAAAUCGAAGGCGAAGACGAAUCCUACGAUUUCGGCAGCGGCGCCGGUUUCUACCUCGACGCAACCCGCGCCCCCUGGUCCUCCGGCUACAAGAUGCAAACCUACAUCACCAGCGAACUACCCAGCGCCCUCUACUCCGCGUUCCCAGAGCUCGAUUCCAGCCGCGUAUCCAUAACAGGCCACUCGAUGGGCGGUCACGGCGCCUUAACACUCUUCCUGAAGAACCCAGGCAUGUACAAAUCCGUCUCAGCAUUCGCGCCGAUCUGCAACCCGUCGAAGUGUCCGUGGGGCGAGAAGGCUUUUGGCGGGUAUCUUGAGGGGAAGGAGGAGUGGGCGGGCCACGACGCGACGGAGUUGAUUAAGGGGUGGAAGGGGGGGUUCGAUGCGUUGAUCGAUGUGGGGACGGGCGAUAAUUUUUAUAAGCAGGGACAGUUGUUGCCGGAGAAUUUUAGGGAUGCGUGUGUGGAGAGUGGGAAGAAGGGGUUGGUGAUGAGGUUUCAGGAUGGGUACGAUCAUUCGUAUUUCUUUAUUUCGUCGUUUGCGACGGAUCAUGUAAAUCAUGCUGCCAAGUAUCUUUUCGCAUACGAUAAACCCAGCAAAGAGAAACUAUAA